CCGAAGAAGAACACUAGCGGAAGUGUAGAAAAUAGGGCAAAUAAAGAAGUGAUCUAUUUGCUCCUCGUCAACGUUUAGAUUACUUUUUAAAACAACAUUUCAGUUUUUGUCACACUACCAAACCCUUCUUCGCCUCGGCCCCGACCCCUGCUACAAGAUGGUGAACCGGCAAACAAGUCUGUGGAUGGGUGAUUUGGACCGAUACAUGGAUGAAAACUUUGUCAGGCAGGCGUUCCUUGCUAUGGGAGAGUCGCCGUCUGGAGUCAAAAUAGUUGCUCACAAGAUGACAGGCGGUUCUGCAGGAUACUGCUUUGUGGAGCUGGCAGAUGAAGCAAGUGUUGAUAGCUGCAUCCAAAAACUCAAUGGAAAAUUGAUUCCUGGAUCAAACCCGCCGAUGAAUUUUAAACUCAAUUUUGCUUCACAUAACAAGCGGCCAGAAGCAGGGCUUGAGUUCUCAGUGUUUGUGGGUGACUUGCCCUCUGACGCAAAUGACUACCAACUGCACCAAAUCUUUAAGAAGUAUCCCUCCUGCAAGGGAGCCAAAGUGGUCACUGACCAGUAUGGCUACUCCAGAGGUUACGGCUUUGUCAAUUUUGGUGAGGAAAGUGAGCAGAAGAAGGCAAUCGAGGAGUGCCAGGGCACACUUCUUGGGGGGAAAACACUCACUCUCAGCGUUGCUUUGUCAAAAAGCCAGAAGACACAAGACAGCAGAAACCUGACUCAGAAUUACCAGAGCAAUUACAACCAAACUCCUUCCACCUAUUACGGUGGUGCGGGGCAAGGUUACUACUCGCCGUGGGGCGGUUAUGGUCCGUACAGCGGCUACAACAAUGGCGGUUACUACGGGGGAUACAACUACAACUACGGGCCCUAUGGAUACCCUCCACACAGCCACAUGAUGCCACCGCCUCCUCUGGGGAUGCCACCCACAUCUGCUGACAUGACAGGGGGUGUAGAGGUGAGCCAUGAAGACACAGGAGAUGGAGAUGGAGAGGGGGAGGAUGCAGAAGUGGCAGUGGAGGAAUGUGAUGUGGAGCAAUGGAACCAGGACUAUAUGGAGCGUAGUGAAGAGCUCUACAACGCCUUGAUGGACUGUCACUGGGAACCACUGGACUCUUUUGACUCCACCAUACCACUCUUAAGUUGAUCAGCUGACUUCCUCAUUGGAAUGACCCAGAAGUUUAGUCUGAGAGAACUCUCCUCACCAGCUUGGGUGGCUCCAAACAUCACCAGCAUGUGUGGACACUUUCUAAAGCAACUCUACAACGCCCAGAAAUAUAUACAUGUAUGUAUGUAAGUAUAUUUGAUUUUAUAUAUAUAUAUAUAUAUAUAUAUAUAUAUAUACACCGUAUUUCCUUGAAUUGCCGCCUGGUGAAACUCCCUUUGCAAAAUAAUUAGCGCAUGCUUAGUAUUACUGGUGACGGCACGAGUGACACUUCCCCUGUCAUCAUUUUCAAAAUGGAGGAGGCUGAUUUCAAUACUGGUAAUUUGAAAUCGCAUUAAGGAAAGACGAUUGAGAGCUACUCAGUAGGAUUUAAGGUCCAAGCUUACAUCACACUCAAAUUUUUACUGCAUGCCUUUGGUAAGUGCUGGAGUGAGAAGAGGUUUUAAAAUAAUUAGCGCAUGCUUACUUUUACUGCAUGCCUUUGGUAAGCGCAGGAGUGAGAAGAGGUUUUAAAUUAAUUAGCGCCCUGGCGGCAAUUCAAGGAAAUACGGUAUGUAUAAAUAAUACAUAAACUGUAUAUGUGUGUAUGUACAUGCAUAUGUGUGAAUAUAUUAUGUGUAUGUAUGCGUGUGUGUGUAUGUAUAUAUAUAUAUAUAUACACACACACACACACAUUUAUGUUUAUGUAUGUAUAUAUACACAUGUAUAUAUACAUACAUGUGUAUGUAUAUAUAUGUAAAUGUGUGUGUGUAUAUAUAAAUAUAUGUAUGUAUAUAUAUAUACAUAUAUAUAUAUAUAUAUAUAUAAAUAUAUGUAUAUAUAUGUGUGUAUGUGUGUGUGUAUACAUACACACAAUAAAGGCCAAAAGUGUGGCCACAUCUCCUCAUUCAAUGUGUUUUCUUUAUUGUCAUGACUAUUUCCAUUGUAGAUAGUCACAUCCAAACUAUGAAUGCACACAUGUAGAGUUAUGUACUUAACAAAAAAAGGUGCAAUAACAGAAAACAUGAGGUAGUCGAGGUGGUCUUCAGGUCACAGGUGUGCUUGAAGCUCAUGGAGAGAAUGCAAAGAGUAAGUAAAGCAGUAAUCAGAGCCAAGGGUGGCUAUUUAUAGAACCUAGAAUAUAAAACAUGUCUUCAGUUAUUUUACCUUUUUUUGUUAAGUACAUGACUCCUCAUUUGUUCAUUCAUAGUUUUAAUGUGACAAUCUACAGUGGAAAUAAAGAAAACAUUGAAAGAAGAGAUUCGUCCAAACUUUUGGAUGUGUGUGUGUAUAUAUAUAUAUAUAUAUAUAUAUAUAUAU